AUGUACAAGACAUCAAAUUUGAGUUCUGUGUUUAGUCCAAAUUCUUUGCAGCCUAGGAUGUUAGUGAACAGGUUUUCAUGCACAUUGAAGAAUCAAAGUGUUAGAAUUGGACACACAACAAAGGUACCUAGGAAUGUAAACAUGGAGAAACUGCAACAUGGUUAUUUAUUUCCUGAGAUUGAAAGACAUGAGCUUCUUCACUUGAAGAAGUAUCCAAAUGCAAACGUGAUAGACCUCGGAAUCGGUGACACUACAGAACCGUUACCAACACUUGUAACAUCAAGCAUGGUUGAUUUUGUUCGCGGCCUUUCAACAGCAGAAGGUUAUAAAGGAUAUGGACCUGAGCAAGGCGAAAAGGCUCUGAGAAAAGCAAUUGCUCAUAGAGUUUACAAAGAUCUAGGGAUAAAACCUUCUGAAGUUUUUGUUUCGGACGGUGCACAAUGUGAUAUUUCUCGUCUUCAGCUGCUAAUGGGUCCAAAUUUGAAGAUAGCUGUACAGGAUCCAUCCUUCCCGGCUUACAUAGACUCAAGUGUCAUAAUUGGUCAUGCUGGCAAGUUCGUAGAUAGAAUUGGCAAAUAUGAAAACAUAGAAUACAUGACAUGUGGACCUCAAACUGACUUCUUCCCGGAUCUGCAUCGCACUUCGAGGUCACAGCUUAUUUUUUUCUGUUCUCCAAACAAUCCUACUGGUCAUGCAGCAACUAGGAAACAAUUGCAGCAACUUGUGGAUUUUGCCAAAGUUAAUGGAUCAAUCAUUAUCUAUGACUCUGCAUAUUCUGCUUAUAUCACUGAUGAUAGUCCUAAAUCAAUCUUUGAAAUUCCUGGUGCCAAAGAGGUUGCAAUUGAAGUGUCAUCCUUCUCAAAAUUUGCCGGCUUUACAGGUGUCCGACUUGGUUGGACAGUAGUCCCCGAAGAACUGUUAUAUUCAAACGGCUUCCCUGUUUUACAUGAUUUCAACCGCAUCGUCUGUACCUGCUUCAAUGGAGCAUCCAGCAUAUCUCAGGCUGGGGGACUAGCAUGCCUUUCACCAGAGGGUCUUAAAGCUGUGAAGUCCCUUAUUGACUACUACAUGGAGAAUGCAAGAAUACUGGUCAAUGCAUUGACCUCUCUUGGGCUGACAGUUUAUGGAGGUAAAAAUGCACCCUAUGUUUGGGUCCGUUUUUCUGGCUUAAAAUCUUGGGAUGUCUUUGGUGAAAUUCUUGAGAAUACACACAUAAUUACAGUUCCAGGCAGUGGUUUUGGUCCAGGUGGUGAAGGGUAUAUAAGAAUUAGUGCUUUCGGCCAGAGAGAAUCUAUCAUUGAAGCCUCGGAGAGACUCAAAUACCUUCUCUAUUAA